AUAUUGUCCAUAUUGACAUUAUUCAAAUAAAACAAAGACUUGGCCCAAAGGACUUGGAUCCAGGCCAUAAUUAUAAAAAAAAAGACAUUAUUGACAAUAUUGACAGUUGAGAGACAAUCGGAAGCGCGGGACUUCGCUUGUCCCUGUAUUUUUGCCAUAAUUCUUCAAAGUAAACUGGAUAUCGGUAGAAAUAGGUGUAGGGAGAAUAGAGGUACCUCUAAUCUCCAUAAAUAGGUGCCUGCUGAGCUGCUAGUUUCCAUAUAUCGCUGUUUAUGCAACGAAGGUAUUAUUCCCCACGAAAUCGAGAAUUCCAUCGAGUACUUUUAGAAAUUCUGUUAAAAUUUUGUUUAGUACCUAUUGAAACGUAUUCCUUCAUUAAUCUUCCACAUAACUAAGCACAAAUGAGUGAUACCCCGGAGACACCUCGGAGGACUGUGAGAAGAAGGAAUAGACCCCAAAAAUAUGGGGAUUUCUUGGAGUUGUCUCCAGUGAAACGCCAAGUACACGACUCUAGUUCGGAAGAUGACAAAGAUUUUGAUAUGCCUUCGCAAAAACCUACAGCUUUAUUCAGCAAUGAUGAUGUGGAAGGCCAAGACAUGUUCAUUAAGUCCCGGCACACGAAACAUGACCUACAAAAUAAAGUAAGAGAUCUCCAGAGUAAUUCUCCAAGGACGGAGUCCCCCUUGAAGACUCCUCGAAAAAAUAUGCACUUGGACUCUGUUAAGAAAGUUACUGAGGCCACACCGAAAGUUGUUAAGGAUAUUAUAAAGAAGAGAAUAGUAAAAGAAGUAGACACAGACAGCGGAAGUGAUGAUGAUGAUUUCUCAGGCAGCAGUAGUGAUUUUGUACCUGACGAGAGUGACAAUGAGGCUUCAUCUGCAUCAUCAUCAAGUGCUUCUGAAGAAGAAGAAGAAGAAGAAAAAGAUGCCCCGGUGGAAACCAAACCAGCUGGCAAAGUUGGACGAGGCAGGGGCAGGGCGCGGCCUAAAGAUUCGGAGUACAUUGUCACUCCAGACAAUUACUUUAUGAUGAAUUCAAGCAAAAAGAUAGCAACAUCAGACCACACACUGGCCAGAUUAAAGAAUUUAAAUCUAGAUGAUAACAAGGAUGACAAUGACCACAUCUCUGAGGAACACAAAUCCAAAAUAACUGAACUCAAUCAAUCAUACGAACAACUCUUUGAUAAAUGGCUGUACAUUUUAAGCGAAGACUUCAACAUCGUCCUAUACGGAAUUGGGUCAAAGAGAUCGGUACUCCAUCAAUUUCAAAAAGAAAAGCUGUCAGACUAUCCAUGUAUAGUUGUCAACGGUUUCUUUCCGAGUCUUACCAUCAAAAGCAUUCUUGAAACAAUUGUGAUGGACCUUCUAAAAUGUAACCACGUACCCUCAAACAUAGGUGAUGUGGUCAAGUUGAUAGAGACACGGCUAUUAGAUGAAGAUAUGGAGUUGUUCCUUAUAAUACAUAACAUAGAUGGGACUAUGUUGAGGAACGCUAAGGCCCAGACUACACUGGCCAGUUUGUGUCAGAUCAAAAAUGUUCACACUAUAGCAACUAUUGAUCAUAUCAAUGCACCAUUAUUAUGGGACCACAACAAGCUAAGCAAGUUCCGUUUCACAUGGUGGGACGUGACUACCUUCCUGCCAUACUCCGAAGAGACGUCCUACGAGAACUCUCUGAUGACUCAUCGCAGUGGUGCUUUGCAGCUAUCUUCAUUGAAGAGUGUGCACCAGUCGCUCACUACCAAUGCUAAGGGCAUCUUCACGAUUGUUAUACAGCAUCAGUUAGAAAACCAUAAGCAGGCACAUUAUCAAGGUUUGCCUUUCAAGGAUCUCUACUCUAAAGCGCGCGAGCAAUUCCUAGUGAGCUCUGACAUCGCCCUCCGAGCCCAACUGACAGAGUUCCUGGACCACAAACUCGUGAAGAUGAAACGCACGUACGACGGCAGCGAGAAUUUGGUUAUACCUAUCGAUAAUACUCUGUUGCAACAGUUUUUGGAACAUAAUAGCUGACGAGGAUUUUGUAUGUGUUUAGAAUCAGCAUGCGGUCUAAGUACCUACUUAUUUAUUAAAUUAUUUUUGAAACAC